GUAGUAAUCCUGUCCUGACUGUUUGUAGGUGUGAUAUUGCCAGACAUUAGAGUGUACAGCAGCUGUCCUCUCAGGGUUUUACCGCCUCUGAGUCUUUGUCGAUCCCCUCUGCUACACAGCCUGCAGAGAAAGUCCCCAGGUUGCUCUGACUGUUGGGGGGCAUGGAACCGCUGCGGAAGGAGGCGAAGGAUAAUCCGUCGGCUUCAGCUAAUCUUCUCUCCAAGAUUUUCUUCUGUUGGCUGAACCCCUUGUUCAAAAUCGGGUACAAAAGGAAGUUGGAGGAAGAUGACAUGUAUAAAGUUCUCCCAGAGGAUGCAUCGGAUAGACUCGGGGAGGAGUUACAAUGGUAUUGGAACAGAGAGGUUCAACAAGCGGCCAAAGAUCUGCGCCCACCCAGACUUGCCAAAGCUCUUGUUCUUUGCUACUGGAGAUCAUAUGCACCCACUGCAAUAUACAUCUUUAUAGGGGAAAUUAUCAAAGUCGUUCAACCGGUGCUACUUGGGAAGAUAAUUGAGUACUUUGAGAGUUAUGACCCCACCAACACAGCUGCAGUCUACGAGGCCUACGGUUACGCUGCUGGCAUCUCCCUGUCAACCAUCAGCCUGACCACCCUUCAUCAUCUCUACUUCUACCACGUCCAGCGAGUAGGCAUGAAGAUUCGUGUGGCCAUGUGUCACAUGAUCUAUCGGAAGGCUCUUUGUCUUGACAGCAAAGCAUUUGCCAAAACUACCACAGGACAAAUCGUGAACCUUUUAUCCAAUGACGUCAACAGAUUUGACGAGGUAACCUUAUAUUUGCACUUUUUGUGGAUUGGUCCUCUACAAGCAGCAACGGUGAUGUUAUUGUUGAUGUAUGCGAUUGGCCCAUCAUGCCUUGCGGGAAUGGCUGUAUUCUUCAUCCUGAUGCCAGUACAGACUUUGUUCGGACACUUGUUCUCUACUCUCAGGGCUGAAACAGCAGUCUUAACAGAUGACAGAAUACGCACAAUGAAUGAAGUCAUCUCUGGGAUCCGAGUUAUAAAGAUGUAUGGGUGGGAGAAGCCUUUUUCUUCGUUGGUGGAUGAGGUCAGAAGAAUGGAAAUCUCCAAGAUCAUGAAAAGCUCCUACCUGCGUGGCCUCAACAUGGCAUCUUUCUUUGUGGCAAACAAGAUCAUCGUCUUCAUCACCGUCUGCGUCUACGUACUGACAGGAAACCAGUUGUCAGCUAGCAGAAUUUUUAUGGCAGUUACCCUCUACGGGGCGGUCAGGCUCACCAUCUCGCUCUUCUUCCCCUACGCCAUAGAGAAGGUCUCUGAGUCUCUCAUCAGCAUCAGACGGAUUCAAAAUUUUCUUCUGCUGGAUGAAGUUGCUCCGCAGCAUCUGGGGCUUCCUGUGGCAGAGAAGAAGGACUGUAUGGUGAAGGUUCAGGAUUUAAUAUGCUACUGGGACAUGAUGCUAGACGCUCCAACUUUACAGAACGUGUCUUUCACAGUGAGACCAGAGCAACUCGUGGCAGUAAUUGGACCUGUUGGGGCUGGAAAGUCCUCGCUCCUCAGUGCCAUCCUGGGAGAACUGAGUCGGGAAAGUGGUGUGGUCAAAGUCGAAGGAGAGCUGACGUACACGUCUCAGCAGCCCUGGAUUUUACCUGGUACGAUUCGAAGCAACAUCCUUUUUGGCAAAGAGCUCAACCCCCAGAAGUAUGAUAGCGUUCUGAAAGCCUGCGCCCUCAAGAGAGACUUGGACCUGUUGCCUGGUGGUGACUUGGCGACGGUUGGGGACAGAGGGGCCAACCUCAGCGGAGGACAGAAGGCGAGGGUCAGCUUAGCAAGAGCAGUGUAUCAGGAUGCAGAUAUCUACCUGCUGGACGACCCGCUCAGUGCUGUGGAUGCUGAGGUGGGAAGGCACCUCUUUGAAGAGUGUAUUUGUGGACUUUUGCGGAAGAAGCCUCGUAUCCUGGUGACCCAUCAACUCCAGUAUCUGAAGGCUGUGGAUCAAAUUGUUGUCUUAAAGCAGGGUCAGAUGGUGGCAAAGGGGACCUACAGUGAGUUGCAGGGCUCUGGGCUUGACUUCACCUCCCUGCUUCGGGAGGAGGAAGUCCAGGAGGAGGAGAGGCAAGUCACGACCCCCAUCCCUGCAACUGUCUCCCGCCUCUCCCACACGCUCUCUGACAACUCAAUGUCCUCCCUCUCCUCCUCUCAGUACUCUCUGAUUGAGGGAGCAGAGCCACUUGCAGCGGUAGUGCAAUCAGCGGAGGAGGAGAGACGCUCGGAAGGGAACGUCGGCCUGUGUAUGUACGUGAAGUAUUUCAGGGCAGGCGCCAACUUCCUGGUCCUCUUGGUCCUCAUUUUGCUCAAUGCCUUAGCACAUAUUACAUUUGUUCUCCAGGACUGGUGGCUCGCUUGCUGGGCCUCUGAACGGAAGCACAUCAAUGUGACAGAGCACCUCAAUGGCAGCUUCCCUCGGCAGCUGGACCUUGACCUGUACCUAGGUGUUUACGCAGGUUUAACAGCCACUUCAGUAGUGUUCGGCUUCCUUCGCAGCUUGGUCUUCUUUAAUGUCCUGGUGAGCUCAGCCCAAACCUUACACAACAGCAUGUUUAACGCCAUCCUCCGGACCCCGGUGCACUUCUUCGAUAUCAAUCCAAUUGGAAGAAUCCUCAACAGGUUUUCAAAGGACAUCGGUUACCUGGACUCUCUGCUCCCAUGGACGUUUGUGGACUUUAUCCAGGUAUUUCUCCAAGUCAUCGGAGUGAUUGCAGUAGCUGCCGCCAUCAUCCCCUGGAUCCUUCUUCCCGUUCUUCCCCUUCUUGCUGUGUUCCUGUUUCUGCGAAGCUACUUCCUGCAGACCUCCAGAGAUAUCAAGCGCCUUGAGUCUACCACUCGGAGUCCUGUAUUUUCCCACCUUUCUUCCUCUCUCCAAGGCCUGAGCACCAUCCGUGCCUUCAAGGUUCAGCAGAGGUUUCAGAAGAUGUUUGAUGAAUACCAAGAUCUUCACUCAGAGGCCUGGUACUUAUUCCUGACCACUUCCCGCUGGUUCGCUGUGCGUCUUGAUGGAAUUUGCUCAGUGUUUGUCGCCAUCACUGCCUUUGGCUGUCUUCUCCUCAGGGAUGGACUGGAACCAGGUGCAGUGGGUCUGGCUUUGUCUUAUGCAGUGACACUCACAGGCAUGUUCCAGUGGGGCGUCAGGCAGAGUGCUGAGAUCGAGAACAUGAUGACAUCAGUGGAGAGAGUGGUUGAGUAUGCGGAGCUGGAGAGUGAAGCACCCUGGGAGACGGACAAAAAGCCCCCGCAUGAUUGGCCCACGGCAGGCUCCAUCACCUUUGACAGAGUCAACUUUUCUUACAGUGCCAGCGAGCGUCUGGUCCUAAAGAACCUGACUGUCGUCUUCACAUCCAGAGAAAAGGUUCGUGUCGAUCCUGGAUCAUUGAAAUUGAUCCUUACUACCCUUCACCUAAAUAAAGGGGUCGGCAUCGUUGGACGCACUGGUGCUGGGAAAAGCUCCCUGAUCUCCGCCUUGUUCCGGCUGGCAGAACCUGAGGGACAAAUAAUGAUUGACGGUUUUCUGACUUCGGAGAUCGGGCUGCACACGCUGCGUCAGAAAAUGUCCAUCAUCCCACAGGACCCAGUUCUCUUCACGGGCACCAUGAGGAAGAAUCUGGACCCUUUCAGGCAGCACACAGAUGAGGACCUGUGGAAUGCACUCCAAGAGGUGCAGAUGAAGGCCGUGGUGGAGGACCUGCCCAGUAAGCUGGAGACGGUGCUGACCGAGUCCGGCUCUAACUUCAGCGUGGGCCAGAGGCAGCUGGUGUGCCUGGCCAGGGCCAUCCUCCGGAAAAACCGCAUCCUCAUCAUUGAUGAGGCCACGGCCAAUGUGGACCCAAGAACCGACAGCCUCAUCCAGCAGACUAUCCGGGACAAGUUUCAAGACUGUACAGUCCUCACCAUUGCUCACAGGCUCAACACUAUCAUUGACUGUGACAGAAUACUGGUUCUCGACGCCGGCAGGAUCCAGGAGUAUGACGAGCCGUAUGUGCUGCUCCAGAACCAGGAAGGGCUCUUUUACCAGAUGGUCCAACAGACAGGCAGAGCUGAGGCCGCCUCACUGCUGCACACAGCCAAACAGGUUUACACGAACAAAAAGCGAGUGACAGACGUGCGCUGUGCCAAGGACAUCCGUGUCAUCUUUGAGACGUCUCUUUGACAGUUUGGAGAGUCGCUGUGGCCCUCGCGCUCGCCAUCGCUGACCAAAAUCUUUUGCCAGAUAGAUUCCUUCCUGUGUAUUAAAAUGUCCUCAGACUUGGUGAGUGUAGUAUGUGCUGCAUUUGAUUGGCGUAGUCCUUUGGUGUGGAACAGAAAAGAGGCAAGUAUCUGCUGCAGGGUGGGCCUUUAUUGACAGCAUAUUACUGCAUGGUUGUUUAUUGAUUACACCCUGUUAUGUUUAUGUAUGUGUGUUCUAGCCUCCUGGGUAGCUUCAGUUCUGCACUGGUGUUCAAAAGAGUGCAGAUACUGGAUGUGUUUAUCCUGGUGCAAUAAAUUAUUGGUGGCUUGAAUUAUUCUUUUAAAGCAAACAUUGUUUGGUUGCACUGCAAUCUUUUUUAUUAGUGUUUGGAAAGUGUUUGAAAAGACAAGGAGAACCUGAGAGGAGACACAAAUGUUUUCAGUAAUUAUUGUGCCUUAAUCAGACGAUUGAUUUUUUUUAAUUGCACUGUUUUAAUUAAGUACUCUUCCAGCACUUCGACGACAGCGGUUUUAUGUCUACCUCAGCUCUUGUCAGCACAGAACAGUAAAGUUUAAAUGUGACCUGUCAUGUACUGGCAAUGAUAAUGAAUAACAGAGAGAAACACAAAACAGAAGUUUGUUGCCUCUGAAAUUUUUUUUUCAUCAGCGUGAUAUCAACUUUCUCUGUUUACUCUUUUGAUAAAUGGGCUGUUGUUGCUUUAAAGACCUAGAACUUUUUAUUUUGGCAAUAACACAGCAUUAAAGUCCGGGCAAAGCAAAAAUAAACAUGCGUUAUGAGUUUGUCACACCACAGAAAAAUGUGUUACUAACCCAUUUGGUUUCAGAAUUGUGAAAACAUUAGCAAUAUUCUGUGCUCUGAAAUGCAGGGGGCGAGUCCGCUCAAGGUGCUGAAACAAAAAAUGUACCACUGUGUUUGUUAGCGGCUACCCAGUAGCACAAAGCGCACACUUUCCUUGAGUCGAAGAAUGAGCCACCACGCAGCAACCUUGGCAGUAACAGCGUCCUGGUCAGCAGCUAAUGUUAGCACAAAGCACACACCCACAGCAGGGAGCAUCAACUGCUGGGCUGGGUAACCGAUUCAGGCUGGAAGACUGCAAGGUACGGUAGUAACUGGCUAUUUUGCUUGUGUUUACAUAAUUUGUGGCAUUUAAACGAACAGUGUGUAAGACUUAGGGGGAUUUAGUGGCAUCUAGUGGUGAGGAUUGCAGAUUGCAACCAGCUGAAACUUCUCCCAAUUAGAAUUCCUUCAGUGUUCAUUGUUCAGGAGAUUUGUAUCUAGAGCCGAAUUAUUCACAGAGGCCUCCUCCUCUCCAAAACAAACAGACCUGGUGAUUUAAACCAGUAAAAACGUUGAAUAAAUCAGUUUCAUGUUACAAAUCAGUGUUUCUCUGACACUGUUUAGCGCUCUGCAGACAGGCCACAGGCCCAGCAUGUGCUAAUUUGUGCUCACCAUUUUUCUCUAAUAACUUAAGAUAUCUCUUCUGCUCUAAAACAAACAGACCAGGUGAUUUAAACUGAUAAACACUAAAUAAAUCAGUUCAUGCUACAAAUCAGUGCUUCUCUGACACUCUUGUCACAGAGGGGCUGCUAACUAUGGCGGCCUACACAAACACACAAAUGGCUGCAUCUAGAGCCAGUGUUUGGUUUGUUCAUUCUGGGCUACUGUAGAAACUUUGCGGUCCAACAUGGCGAUCUCAGUAGAUGAGGACCCGCUCCUUGUGUGGAUAUAAACAACUCAUUCUAACAAAAACACAACAAUAGUUAUUUUCAGGUGAUUUUACCCUAAAGAAAACAUACUUAUUAUAUUAAAUUCCAUUUAUGCCAAUAUAUCACCCUAAACCAGGCAUGCCCAAAGUCCGGCCAGAGGGCUAAUCGUGGCCCACGAAUCAAUGGCAGGACUAUCAUACAGUUUGUAGACUUGGACCAAGUAGGAACUAUAAGGUGGAACUAAUGUGUUUUCAUUAACAGGCUGUUAAUCAAAGAAAAUAAGUGGUUACCCAACUGUAGACAUUUCCUGUUACGUAGCAGACAUGGACACAGCAAAGAAGCGUAAAGUCAAAUGCAAGGGCUGUCGCUUUCAGGAGUAGCAGAAAGUUGAAUACCUUUUUAUUUAAAGAUGAAACAAUUGACCUUUCGCUAAGCCCCGCCCCUUUGUGAUGGUCUGACAAGCUGUCGGAGUCAGCAUGGAGCCCACACUGUAACUAACUGCACUCCCUGAAGAAAUAUUACCAUAUUUUUGGAACAAUGAAACAGUGAUUCCAGAGAGAAGCAGACAGUCUGUGUUUGAAGGAUAUAUCCAGGAUGUCAAACUGACUCAGCAGCAACAACAGGUUAAAAAGACAAAGAUAGUUAGAAGCUAAAGCCGAACUAUAGGCUACAGAUCACAGUGUAAAAGUGAACCACCACAUCACUGCUGAUCGCCACACAAGACAAUGAAUAUAAAGGGAAACUUUGCUGAUAUUGAACCAGCUGUGUGGCAUCACAAUGCGAUGACACAGAGCUGGUUGAAUAUCAGCAAAGUUUGUGCAGCAGGGUCGGCCUUUUUUCCACUGUUAUAACCCUUAAAAAGCAAAAUCAGCAUAUGUAUACAUUCAGUAGGCUACAUCUUCAGUAGCUAGCUAGCUAACCCUACACUUUUCAGGGUUUGAUUUUGGUUUUGGUACAAGGAAGAAACGUAUAUCUUCUUCCAACCUGCGUUGUUGUCGGACCCUGGUCUGAGCUGGCCCAGUGCUACGUUAUGAUUUGCCAGUCUGCGUCCAGGGGCGGGAUUUAGCAAGGGGCAGUUGUGUUUGUCUCAAUUGUAUGUUGUUUUUUUUUAUUAACCCAUUUGAUGUGAGACACAGCUGGCCCCCAGGUAUAUUCAUAUGACUUUAUCUAGCCCCAUUCAAAAAAAGUUUGCACACCCUUUCCUUGAAUCUUCCACAGUCUACCUUUAACAAAGGUGUUUAUUAGUCUGAAGGAGCUCAGAGAACUUGUGGAAUGUUGCAAACUCACUGCUAACACACAGGGGGCAAAUGAGGGUCUUUAUAUAGUAGUGGAGGGGUUAUGAUAAGGAUCGCUCCAGCGCGUCAUCGAGACAUGAUUUCAGACCCGCCCAAAAAAUCCUGAACACAAAUACAGUAAAAAGAACUUCGGUCUAACUCUACAAUGCAGUACUGUGUAGUAUAAAAUGUUGAGGCAGAAAUCUCUGGUUUUACUUUACCCGGACUUUAAUUAUAUUUAUAGCUAUGUAUUUAUUUACAUUGUUUGUUUUGUUUGUAUCUUUGCGUAUGGUUUUGUUAAAGGUAAUAUUUCAGGGAGUUUGCACUUUGUAGUUUUUCUGUCAUAAAUAAGUGAUACACAUCAUCACUUAUAAUUUACAACAAAUAAAAUUCAAAAGCCAAUAAAACAGUGUUGCUUGAAUGUUUCACUACUGUCUUCACUUU